UUUAGAAGUAUGUUAUUUUCGCUAUUAGUUUUCUUGCUUUUGCCUGCGCUCGUCGUCACUUAUAACACACCAAAAAAAACAGAAACGAAAAAAGUAAACGCCACAAAGCCGAAAUGUGAAGAGGUCAAAUAUACUGACGGCUACGACAGUUUGGACUCAUUUUUCAACGACAGAAUUGCGAUGAUCGUCGAUCCCAAAGGCCGCUUCCGAACCCCCGGCAUAUUUAUCGAUUUCCACUUGAUUCUGACGUCCUACAUACCAUUUAGAGAGCUCAGACUUGCCAAUACCCCUUUGAACAGUUUCAAAGUUUGCAUAUUCAAGGGAAGAGACGGCUACGGUUAUUUCUAUGCGAGUACACACAGAAUGAUUUGUGCAAGGCAAAUUAUACCUUACCCGGAAGAAGAGCUAUUGAAGUGGAAGCAUUCUCACGGUCACAAUAUGUCCAUUCGUCCGCGGCAUGACCUCAUGAUAGUAAGGACGAAUCCAAGAGAGUAUGCCAUUAGAAGUGGGUUUAGCUGGAUUUAUUGGGAUUACAUAGGAUUCAAAUUUCCGAGUCCAGUUCAUGUUGCGAAGCAGCAUUACAUGUUGAAGGAUAAUUAUUUGACAAUUGCGUCGUUAGGAUUUACUAGCUACGACCUUAUGAGGGACAGUGAUACGCUGCUAUCCCGUUCGUAUUUUGCCGAGUACGCGGUGACGGACUGCGACGAAUGGCUACCACGCUGGUGGGGGCACUACAUAUGCCUCAACAAUUUGGAUAAUCUCAAGGGAGUUGGUUCCGGGGCGUUUUUGGUCCACCAAAAUACAUUGUAUGGGAUUGGAAGCUUCAUGCUGACGAAAGGGAACUACAGUAUCCUUGUAUUUACAGAUGUGCGCAAGUACUACAGAAUGCUUGGGACUGCAUGCCAUGAGUUUGAAGCUACUAAUAUCAAACGCACACAGGCUUACGAUAGAGACGACUUCUUUUAUUACAGUCACCACAAACGCAUAAAGCCUUUUUAUCAAUUGUUUUCAUACGCAUAACACGUUCAAUAUUUGAAUCAAAUAAAAAGGUUUAGUUUUCAAAUAAAUAGGUAUGUUAAAAAUGUGAAGUGAUAAGACCGCCUAAAUUGUGCCUCCUCUUUUUGUAUAAUGUUAUUUUCUUGUUUUGUGUGGUGUACCUACAAUAAAGUGUGAAUCUUGGUUUGUUAUUCAAAGUUUGUUGGCAUGAA